GGCUGUCAAAGUGUUUAAAACAACACUUUUCUACAAUACGCUAAAAGAAAUACAUAAUAAAAUAAAAAAAGAAAUAAAAACUAACAUCUGUGAGUUUACGAUUCGCGUUGUGUUGUCCGUCGUCGAUGUAAUUGUCUGACACAAACGGUCUAAUCUUAAAUUCUUUCGUUAGUUUGUUGGUUGCUUGUAAUAACAUUUCCUUAUACCACCACCACAACGACCACCGGAUAUAAAAGAAAAACAAUUCUAAAUUAAAUAAAACAUUUGUUUUCGUUGCGCGUUAACGCUUUUAAUUAUUGUAUAAAAAUAAACAAAAAAUUUUGUAAAUUGUAAUAAUUAUGAAACACACCAUUAACUUGAGGUAUAAGGUGCAUUUUGUUGUUGUUGUUGUUAUUUUGUGGGCAAAUUGUGUUUAAAAGUGAGAGAAGGAGAAAGAGAGAGCAUUAAUCUUUGUAACGUUGUUGGAGACGCGUGUGUUAAAACUAAAAUUUAGUGGCCCUCCGGUUUAAGUGGCAUUUUAAUGCCAACCGGCGGGUGCCAGUUAGUUAUUUAACAAAACUGUUAAAGCUGUAAAAAUAAUUGUUGUUUUUUUAUCAUUUAAACAAUAAAUUAUUUUCUUAUGUGUUUAAACAUUUUGUGAAAAAAAGCAAACUUGUUUUAUAGAGAGAAUAGUGAGAGAAAUAUAUUUUUCGAAGAACAUAUAAAAAUCCGCAAGAAAGAAACAAAGAAAAUUAAGAAAUUGUCUUAAGACUGCCCACUACCAGAACCAAGAGCCGUGAGCUGUGAUAACUUUAGUAUAAAAAAUCCAUUUAAGCGAAAGUGUCGAUCACAUUGACUGUGAACCGAAACGAAUUAAACUAUUGAUAUUUUUUUGUUUGGAUUAAGAAAGGAAAUCGCCACCUUCCUUAUACGAAGGCCAAAACGAUUGUGAUAUUAUUUUGGAAGUGAAACCUUAGAGAAGAGAAGGAGGGAACUUAUAUUUUUAUUUUAUAUAAAACAAUUUUAUUAGAAAUAUUAUACUUAAACUAUAGUUUGUAAAAAAAAGUCUUGUCUUUGGAAAUAUUUUUUUUGGAAAACAAAAACUGAACAUUUGGUUACAUUCUAAUUGUCCUGUUUUUUAUAAAAUUACUAACAAUUGCAGAAAUUUUGUAUUUCAAUUAAUUUCUAUUUAUAUAUAACACAUAUAUUUCUUUUUCAACAACUGUUUAAUAAAACAUUACAUAUAUGAAUAACAUUCAACAUAAAACGGCAAACUCAUCAUCUUCAUCAUCAUCCUCAUUAAUAUCAUCGUCAUCAUCAUCAUUGCCAUCAUCUGCAUUAAACACACUUUCAUCACAGCCAUCAGCUGCUUCAUCACCACCAACAUCAUCAUCGCAAAUAACAUCAGGUACGACUACAUUAACUCCACCACUUUUAGAUGCAACUUCAUCCGCGUUAGCAUCAGAGUCAUCCUCAUCAUCAUCCACUUCUUCUGCAACCCUAACACUACAACAGACACCAUUGUUGCAUACCUUAGCUCCUACCUCACCUACGCCUCCACCCACUCCGCCUACACCUCCGCCUUCAGCUAGCAAUUCUAAUACCCCAUCCCCACCGUCCUCGCCCUUUGCGAGAAUUUCAUUGAAUUUUUCUCCGCCCACUGCUCAGAACUCAUGUGGUAGUGGUAGCGCGCCUACCUCUCCCACUGACGAGGCAGAGGAAACCUGUUCCAAUUCCUGUUGUACUUAUCCAACUUUUGAGCAAAUUAAGCAAAAACUCAAAAAUCAAGAAUCACAAACCCAACUGACCCUCUUAAAUUCCCUACUACUUUCCUCCACAGCUAACGCCGCUGUCGUCCAGCACAUCCCACAUUCGACUUUAGUAAGAUCUGUGACAGCUACCAGCAUCAUGGAUAUGCCCUACAACACCUCACCUUCCUUACGUGUGCGCACCACUUCGCUUAAUCAGCUCAAGAAAACCGCCGAUCUUGUCAUAGAGAACGAAUUGCACGUUUGCCCCAGCGAAAUGCCCGAUGAAUUGCGUAAACUCUUGCCUCCCACCUCGGAGACCGUGAUGACUAAACCAUUUCCCAUACGUGGCGAGCGAGCCAUUUCCGAUGUCUCCACUCCCCAUGUUAUUGCCAUGGUCGGCUUGCCCGCUAGAGGCAAAACUUUUAUCUCGAAGAAACUUGCACGUUAUCUAAACUGGAUUGGUAUCGCCACCAGGGUUUUUAAUUUAGGUGAAUACCGUCGUCAUGCCACUAGCGCCUAUAAAUCUCACGAGUUCUUCCGUGCUGACAAUGAAGAAGCGAUGGCUAUACGCAAUCGUUGUGCCAACCAGGCCUUACACGAUUCCUGCGAAUGGCUAUUGAGUGGUCAAGGCAGCGUAGCUGUCUUUGAUGCCACCAACUCCACAUAUGAUAGACGUAAGUUAAUACAUGAGAUUGUGGUGAAGCAACAUGGUUUCCGUUUGUUCUUUGUCGAGUCCAUUUGUGAUGAUCCCAGCAUAAUUGAGCAAAACAUCAAGGAGGUUAAAGUCAGCUCUCCUGAUUAUAUCAACAUGAAUACCGACUUAGUAGUGCGUGAUUUCCUGCAGCGUAUCGAGCAUUAUGAAGAACGUUAUCAACCUAUCGAUGAGGUUAGGGAGGAACAUUUAAGUUUUAUGAAAAUCUACAAUGCGGGCAAAAAGGUAGUCGUUUACAAUAACGAGGGUCAUGUAGAAUCACGCAUUGUUUACUAUUUGAUGAAUAUACACAUAACUCCCAGGACGAUUUAUCUCACUCGUCAUGGUGAAUCAGAGCACAAUCUUAAGGGCCUUAUUGGUGGAGAUUCCAAUUUAAGUGAGCGGGGUCGUUUAUAUGCUAAAGCCUUGUCUGCCUAUAUCGAGCAACAGAAUAUUGAAGGCUUAAGAGUUUGGACCUCCUGGAUGAAGAGAGCUAUACAAACAGUGGCCGGUGUUAAGGCUCCACAAGAACGUUGGAAGGCUCUUAAUGAAAUCGAUGCUGGUCAUUGUGAGGAAAUGACUUAUGAGCAGAUAAAAGAAAAUUUCCCCGAAGAGUUUAGUGCCAGAGAUCAAAAUAAAUUUGCCUAUCGCUAUCCACGCGGUGAGAGUUAUGAAGAUUUGGUAGCUCGCUUAGAGCCCGUUAUCAUGGAAUUGGAACGUCAAGGCAAUGUUUUGGUCGUUUCACAUCAAGCUGUUUUACGUUGUCUGUUUGCCUACUUUCUCGACAAGUCGGCCGAUGAAUUGCCCUAUCUGUAUGUACCACUACACACUGUCAUCAAAUUGACACCAGUGGCCUAUGGCUGUAAGGUGGAACAUAUUAAAUUACCCAUCGAAGCAGUCGAUACACAUCGUCCUAAGCCCAAGAUACCCGGAGAUGUCUCACUAGGUCUUGAUGGAUUAAGCGGUGAGUUGGUAGCUCCUGAUGGUGUGGGUAAGGUGUUGAUUGUGGGCGAUGAUGUGACUAAGGCGACUAAUGGCGGUAUCAUAGGCAAUGGCCUAGUUGCAUCCGUUUCCUCAGACACGAACAACACCAUCAGUACCACAACCACCAACACCCCUUCGGAUGGUAAUGCUAAUAACACUAAUAGCGUUGCCAUACCUCAGUGACAUUGUUGCCAACACGAAUGCGUUUUAAUCAAACGUGGACUUUUGGCUCAGUUUCAUUUUAAUCGUUUUAAUACAUUAUAAUUCGUUGAAAUUCAAACAAUCAAUUGUCGUUUACAAUUAACAAUAAAAAUUUUACCAUAAAGAAAAGUAAAUCAUAUUUUAUAAUUAAAUUGUUUGAAAAAAACAAAUGACACUUUAAAAUUUUUAAAUUUUUUGUUUCUGUAAUGGCAGCUAAGGCUCUUUGUACUAGAUUUAAUUGAAAAUUGUUGAAAAUCAUAUUGCAAACUUUCUCUUAGAAAAAUUAUUAUUUUGAAAACUUGUUUCCGAUUUCUAAACUAUUUUUUGCUCAAUUCUUAGAUAAUGACGGCUUUGUUCCUUUUUUAAUAUUGUUGUCCUGUGUUAUUUAAUAAUUUAGAAAAAAAUGUGUCAUUUGCUUUUAUUAUCAUAAUAAAAAACGCCAUUUUAGUUUCAUGUUACAAGAUGAUGUUAUGUUAUUGCCAUUCAAAUUUAAAAAAAAUCAUUUUAAUUUUCACAUUAGCUCCUGAAAAUCAUUUUGUGUUAAAAUUUCGAAAUGUCAUUGAAAUUUAAACUUAAUUGUUGAAAAAUAAACUAAAUUACUUAAAUUUUACACACAUUUACUCUCUUUUAACUACUUAAACAUAAUAAUAAAUAUAAAGUAAAAUAAAAAUUCAACCCCAAGGGUUUUGAAAUUGUUAAACAAAUAGACAUAUUAAAAGACAGAAAAAUAAUCUUAAAAAAAGGCAACCGAAUGAAUUUAUAAUGUAACGUUUUUUUCCUUUUUUUACUUAAUAGUCUUUUCUAAUUAAAAUUUAUUACAAAUUUAAAAUGUUAAUAACUAAUAGUUAUAAACAUGACUGAAUAACUUUCUUUUGAUGUCUGCAAAAUUAUUAUAACUUUAUUAAUUAUUUUUUUCUGCCUUUAAGUGUAAAGUUUCCUCUAUUUUUUUAAUAAAAUAAUUAAUUGUUCUCUGUUUUUUUUUAUAUUCAUUUUUGUGCUCGAAACACAGAGACAAGACUUUUCGACUGAAAUUAAUGUUAACUUAAUGAAAAUAAAUCAUGUAAACUUAUUAUUAAAUAAAAUACUUAAUAAACUUUAUUAUGUAUAUAUAUAUUUAUAUUAUUGUAUAUCAAAACUUAAAAACAAAAUCCUAUAAUUGUAAACAUUUGAUUGUGUCUCUGAUAUAUUUUCUUUGUACUAGAUUAAAAAAAAAUUAAUAAAACUUAUAUUUCAAAUAAA